CCCUUUUAUUAUAAUUCUCUAAAACCCUAGCAAAUAAACAAAACAGACAAAACCACAAACUCUUAAGCCCUCCCCUCUCUCUCACUCCUUACUCUCUGACUCUCAAAUCCUCCAAUGGAGCAGAGAUUAGCAAACACAUGGCGCAUGUCAGUGAACGAGAAGAAGUUCAUCAAGACCGCUCUACUCUCCGACCUCCGAAUCGAUGGCCGUCGCCCCUUCGACUACCGUAACCUCACCAUCAAGUUCGGCAAAGACGAGGGCUCGGCGGAGGUCCAGCUUGGCCAAACCCAUGUAAUGGCCUUCGUCACGGCCCAGCUUGUCCAGCCUUACCGGGAUAGGCCAAAUGACGGCUCUCUCUCCAUCUUCACCGAGUUCUCUCCAAUGGCCGACCCCUCCUUUGAGCCUGGCCGCCCCGGCGAGUCCGCUGUUGAGCUCGGCCGCGUAAUUGACCGCGGUCUUCGGGAAAGCAGGGCGGUUGAUACAGAAUCGCUUUGUGUUCUUUCGGGGAAGUUAGCAUGGGCUAUCCGUGUUGACCUCCAUAUUUUAGAUAAUGGAGGAAACCUUAUUGAUGCUGCUAAUAUUGCGGCAUUGGCUGCUUUGUUGACGUUUCGGAGGCCUGAGUGCUCCGUGGGGGGAGAACAUGGUCAGGAAGUGAUUGUACAUCCACCUGAGGAGAGGGAGCCACUUCAUCUAAUCAUACACCAUCUACCUAUAGCAGUAACCUUUGCAUUCUUCAGUUUCGAGAGCAGUGUGGUGAUUGAUCCAACCCACCAUGAAGAGGCUAUUAUGGGGGGGCGAAUGACUGCAACACUUAAUGCAAAUGGAGAUGUUUGUGCCAUUCAAAAAGCUGGAGGGGAGGGUGUCUUGCAGAGUGUUAUAAUGCAAUGUUUGCGAAUUGCCUCUGUCAAGGCUGGUGCUAUGACAGAAAAGAUAAAGAAGGCGGUUGAUUCAUACAACACAGAAAGAGCAUUACGCAAGAUCAAGCGCCAUACUUCUUCUGACCCCAUGGAUGUUGAUAGAGGUGCUUCUAAUACAGGGGUGACACAAAACUCCUCUGUUGAUCAUUUGGAGAGAUUAAAGCCGGUUUCGGAGGAAGGCAUUGCCAAUCAAAGUGAGGAUGUUGAAGGUGAAACUCAAUUAUCAGACAAAAGGCAAACUAACAAGGUUAAUGAUGCGAAGAAUUUUAUUGGGGGGCCCUCAAGUUGGGAUCCAUACUCAAAGGGUGUUGAUUCGGAUUUCUUAAAAGCUUCUCUAGCUUCCCAUGGAAUGUCAAUGCCUACUAAGAAACAAAAUGACUCAAAAGGUGAGGAAACAACCAGCGGAGCCAAGCCAGAAGAACCUCCUGAAGAUAUUAAUCCAAAACCUUCACCCAUUAGGGCAGCUGAAACUGCAGAACAAACAAAUGGAGAGAAAACCUUGAAGGAUGCUGUGAAGCCCAAAAACAAAAGACCCAGGAGAAAGAAUCGCUCCUCUACAGAUACUUGUGUGCUGCAGUUCUCUUUGGAACUCAUGAAAGGCAAAAGGAGUUGAACAAGUCUGCGAUCAACUGCAAAUUGAUUCGAGGGGGAUCGGUAUGGCUAGUAAAUUGAGAAAUGAUGGAUGAUCGUCUGCAACUAAGUCUGGCUUGACCAAGUUGCUUGCAACUGUUGACCAGAAAAAUGAAGCAUUAUCUUGUUCUCAUUGUUGGCUAAAGCUGCUAAGUUGCUUCUCAUGCAGUUGUGGUGACUCACAUCUAACUGUUUAGUUGACAUUCAGGAUUUUAUGUAUUGCUCUGUCGUGUACUUUGCGUUGUCA